AUGAAAUUCCUAAGCAGCCACGCCGCCCGCUUUGCCCAGUUCGUGGUCUGCGUACAUAGCCGUUUUGAGGCCACUCAGGCAAGGUACGCCUGGCUGUCCGGGAACAGUGACGGUGGCAUCGAUGGGGGAAGCGAAGGUCGCCCCGGCACGUCACUCUCAACAGAGGAGCACAUUUCCAUAGACCCUCCGCUGUACUACAUUUCUCCCUUCCAAUCCUGGGCAGGUCGGCUUGCGUCAAGAGUCUAUAACAACGAUGGUGUCCUUGAAGAUGCGUGGCUCCCACGCUUCUCCCGGGACAGCUCAUCGCUACGACGGACAUUUCUUCCACUGCUGGCUGCAGCGGGGCAGAGCAAUUUCUGGUCUUGUUGGCGCAUACUAUGGGCGUUUUCGAACCAAUUCGAGGUCGGCGGCAUGAUUGCCCUUGGAUUCUUCCUUGAGGCCGUGACGGGCCUCGCCUCUCUCCUGGCGCCCUGGUUGCUACAUAAGCUCCUAGCGGAGCCGCGGUCCGCUUCUCUAGCGACGUGGCUCGUCAUGGCCACACUCGCGUCGACACUGGCCGGACGCACCCGUGACCAGGUGACCCGAACGCAUGCCGUGUGGACCGAGACUGGGCUACGCACUACCAUAUUAGCCAAAGCGCUGAGGCUGUCGCCAACAGCCUCCGCACACUUGUCGCCCGCUCGCAUCAUAUCUAUAUCGACGGUCGAUGUGGACAUGAUAGCCCUAUACGUGCAGCGAUUGCAUGAUAUAUGGAGCGCGCCAGCCCAGAUCCUGGCUAUCGCCGCGUUAACGACGCGUGUAAUGGGCGUGUGGCCCGCGGUCUGCGCAUUGGCUACUAUGGCACUGCUCUUCAUCGUGCAGGGGCGCGCGUCCAUCAUGUUCCGCGACGGAAUCAAAGAGUACGUGCUUCGCAACGACACCCGGCUGUCGGCGUUGCGGCUUGUCAUAACGCGCUUUGCCGCCGUUAAAGCCCUCGCGGUCGAGCCUGUAUUCCGUCGACUUGUAGAGGAUGCCCGCGCGGCGCAGCUGGAUGCGUUGCGCAAAUAUCUCGUCGCCGGCUUCAGCAUUUUUACGUCUGUGUCGCAAACAGUUCCAGGACUGGUGGCCUGUGCAGCCUUUUUUGUAUACUGGGCCCAGGGGCACGAGGUCACGCCUCAAGUCGUUUUCCCUGCUUUGGCCUACUUCAAUCUGUUGUACCAGCCUGUAUUUUCGGCGAGCUUAGCGCUGAGUCGACAAUUUUCCGUCCGGCCCAGUCUCGCAAGGGUUGCUGAGCUUUUGGGAUCGGACGAGUUCGAUGAUUUGCAAGCUACAAAUGAAAUCCCUUCCCCAAGCCCCCCAGAGCUAGCCGACCCGUCGGAUACAAAACAGGACAAACCGAUUGCGGCGGUCAAAUUCACAAACGCCACAUUUGCCUUCCUUGGCAACAACCCUGAGGAUGUAACAUCAGCUCCCGUAUCAAUUGAUGCCGAAAAUGAUAGAGAUGCGGGAGAGCAGUCGGCAUUCCUCCUGAGGGACAUAUCUCGAGGCAGCUUGUUCGAGGUCGGGCAUAUGAACAUCCCGGCCCAGCAGCUGACCUUGGUCAUCGGCCCAACGGGCUCCGGUAAAUCCUCACUACUGCUUUCAAUCUUGGGGGAGCUUCCGCUAUGGCGCGGAAAGCUCCGCCGGCCGGCAGUGCGAUCCAUGGCCUAUGCCGCGCAGGAAUCUUUUGUGCUUUCGGGCUCGCUUCGCGAAAAUGUGUGUCUUGGUUCUAAAGCGCCAUUCAACGCUGCUCAUUAUUAUAGUACAAUUCGGAAAACCGGACUCGAUAUCGACUUUGCCGGUUGUCCUGGUGGCGCCGAGGGCACUGUAAUUUCGGAAGAGGGCGGCAAUUUAAGCGGGGGCCAAAAGGCGCGAAUCGGGUUGGCGAGGGCGCUGUACGCUGAUGCUGAUCUGUUGUUGCUUGACGACCCGCUGGCGGCUGUGGAUGCAAAGGUUCGCCGGAUGCUUUUUGAUGCCGUGAGGGCGGAAGCAAGGCAAGGAAAACCAACGCUGCACACACAGUAUGUUGCGUCCGCUGACUACGUUGUGGUCACAGACCAAGCCCGUGUGGUAUGGUCUGGAUCCAGAGAGGCCUUUAUGCAGGACGUCAAACUCAGGUCCGCCUACAUGUCAUUGAACAGCCAAGAGUAUGAGCAUGGCCAGAUUGCUGACGAUCAAAAUCGAAUGAUAUCGUCUCCAACUACACAUGCCCUCGGCCGUGACGUGACUCACGAGGAUACAAUAUGUCUUGUGGCCAAAGAAGAGCGUGCAGUUGGCGCUAUCAAAUGGAGCGUACUAACCUUCUACGCAAGAUCGGCGGGCGGCUUUCGCCAGGCUCUUGGGGUAUUUGCCAUGGUGUCACUACUUACCGUUGUCCGCAUAAUGAAUCAGUACUGGUUUGUAUGGUGGCUCGACCAAACCAUGAGCCUUUCCCAGCCAACUUAUAUGGCCGUGUAUGCAAUGCUGAUUUUGGUCCAGAGUGCUCUGAUCGCCGCACUCGGGCUGAUUCUGGUUCAAGGCUCAAUUUACGCCAGUCAAAGAAUUCACCAGCGGAUUGUUCACAAUUUACUACAGGUUCCCAUGGCGUAUAUACAGUCCCAGCCCACGGGCCGCGUGCUAAACCGCAUGGCAGCCGACGUGGAGUCGCUAGACAUCAAAAUUAUGAACGCUAUAGACGGACUAGUUGCUGCGGCAACCUCGCUCGUCUCGUCACUUGUACUCGUGGCGGCUAGUGGAACUUUCAUGUUCAUAGCACUGCUACCGUUCAUUACCGGCAUGGUGUUCUACCUCCAACGCUUCAGAGUCGGCGCACGCGAGGUCCAGCGAACGGCAUCUCUGCUCGCCUCCCCCGUCGUAUCGGUGCUCUCCGAAUCACUUUCGCACCCGUCAUCGGUGCGCGCUUACGCCCCGACUGCAAUCCCCUUUCUUCGGGACCGCCACGCAGCCGCCCUCGACGCACUUGCGGCUGCGCGUCUCACACGACGCUCGCUCGACACGUGGGUUACAUUACGGGCCGAAAUGGCCGCAACCGCUGUGCUGGCCAUCGUGGCGCUGCUUGCAUGCCUCGGCGCUUUGGCGGACGACGAUGAAAAUGCCAGCUCCUCUUCGCAUUCCCAGUCACGGGCGGGACUGGCGCUCGGGGUGGCAUCAGCGCUUGCACGGAACGUGUACUUGCUUGCAUGGUCAGCGACCGAUCUGGAAAUUCAAAUGAACAGCGCCGAGCGAUUGAUGGUCUACCAUAGCGAAAUAUCACCAGAGACACCCACUGGCGACCUCAAACUCGCCCGGCGAACUCUCUUGGCCGCAAUAGGGCCGGGACCUAAAGGACAGUUUCGACACAACCUGAACCUGCGCGACGUGUUCCUACGCUACCCUUCCCGUGACGCACCCGCCCUCGACGGCGUUACGCUCUCGAUCCCAGCAGGCCAGCGACUAGGUAUCUUAGGUCGCUCGGGGUCGGGCAAGUCCACCCUUCUGUCUAUUCUUGCGCGUCUGGUGACGCUCACGGCAGGGACCAUCACCCUUGGUGGCGUUGAUAUCUCGACAGUCCCACCACCUGUCUUGCGCACCGUUGUGCAUACGCUUCCGCAGGAACCGUUCAUCUUCCCGGGCACUGUCCGACUCAAUCUGGACCCCGAAGGAAAGCACACCGACGAGGAGCUUUUAGAUGUGCUUGAGGCUUGCCGCCUUAGGACCAUACUCGUGGACCGAUUCGGUCCUGGGGAUGAGAAGGCCGAGGUAGGCAUAUUGGACCGAGAGCUCGGGCAAAGUGCUUCUGAGCUCUCAGCUGGCCAGCGCCAGCUUCUCUGCGCUGCUAGGGUCUUGUUGGCAAAACCUCCCGUUCUGCUUGUUGAUGAAGCUGCGGCAAACAUCGACUUCGCCGGGGACGCUCAGCUGCAGCACGCCCUGCGUUGGCUCCUCCCGGAGAGUACCACCCUCGUGGUCGUGGCGCACCGUGCGGCAUCUCUCGCCUGGAUGGACCGCGUGGUGACCAUGCGUGCAGGGACUGUGGUGGAAAACGGAACGCCUUUGGACCUUCUUCAGGACUCGACGAGUUACUUUGCAUCCAUGAUUCUAGAGGACGGCAAGGUUGCCCUCCGCAACGCCUUACAGGUUGCCAAAGAAUCAAGGCGCACGGGCAGAAAAACAACGACAGUGAAGUGCUGA